UUAAGUAGAUGUUAUUCUUCAUUAAAAAACUAAAACAGUAUCGCUUACAAAACAGACUUAAAAUUUUCUUUCAUAGAAUCAAGCAAAGGAGGAAGCUAAAAUGGGACGUGUUAUUCGAGCACAACGUAAAGGUGCGGGAUCAGUUUUCAAAUCCCACACGAAAAGGAGGAAAGGAGCACCAAAAUUACGUUCCUUAGAUUUCGCUGAACGACAUGGAUACAUUAAAGGUGUUGUCAAAGAUAUCAUCCAUGAUCCAGGUCGUGGUGCACCCUUAGCCGUUGUACAUUUCAGAGAUCCAUACCGGUUUAAAACACGUCGUGAAUUAUUUAUUGCUCCAGAGGGCAUGUACUCUGGACAAUUUUUAUACUGUGGAAAAAAAGCUAACCUACAAAUUGGAAAUGUAAUGCCUGUUGGAACUAUGCCAGAAGGUACAAUUGUAUGUAAUUUAGAAGAAAAAACUGGUGACCGAGGUCGGCUAGCUCGUGCCUCUGGAAACUAUGCUACAGUUAUCGCACACAAUCCAGAUACGAAGAAAACUCGAGUUAAGUUACCAUCUGGUGCAAAGAAAGUGAUUCCAUCAAACAAUCGGGCUAUGGUCGGUAUUGUUGCUGGAGGUGGACGUAUUGACAAACCAAUCUUGAAGGCUGGUCGUGCUUAUCAUAAAUACAAGGCAAAGAGAAACUGCUGGCCUAAAGUACGUGGUGUUGCUAUGAACCCCGUUGAACAUCCCCAUGGUGGUGGUAACCAUCAACACAUUGGUAAAGCAUCGACAGUUAAACGUGGUACAUCUGCUGGUCGUAAAAUUGGUCUUAUUGCUGCUAGACGAACUGGUCGUAUUCGUGGUGGAAAGACUGACGCUAAGAAAGAAGAUUAGAACUAAACUAAAAA